UUCUCGCGGACAUCAAUCGAUUGAUCCUCGUUUUAACUUUACAUUGGUUUAGAACGUCAAACACGAAAGUUGUGACUCUGUUAAGUUUCCCAACGAACAUUCGUUCAUUUUUCAUCUCUUUCCGUUACGAUUUAAACUAAACAUGCGAAAAUAUUUUUGGAAUCGUCGGCCGAUCGUCCGCGAACACGAUGAUCAGGAUUCGUCGGCUUCUUCAAACCUCUCUGCUGAUAGUACGAAAGGAAUUGUACAUGAUAUAAUAAAAAGAAAUACCGAGAAGCAGACGAAUCGGUUUGACCCCGCUCAUUAUUCCAAACCUCUCCCAAACAUCCGAAAACACGAAUUCGUACGACAAAGGCUUUCUGCACCGGAAAAUUGUUCCGGGUGUUACAAAGAAAUAAACUCCGGUGAAGUUGCGCUGUAUUGCAGCGAUUGUAAUCAGAAGAUUCAUAUCGACUGCAAAAAUGCUCUUCCUCUUCCGUGCGUACCGACAUCAAAUAUACGGAAUCUCUCUGGCCAACAGAAAAAAUUCGAGGAUUAUGCACCGAUUGUACCGCCGAUGAUACCAGCUCUGAUCAUCCACUGUAUAAGAGAAAUCGAACUGCGCGGUAUGCAAGAGAAAUAUUUGCACCAAAGAACUGGCAUAUCAGGGAGAUUUACAUUGCUGGCUAAGGAAUUUCUCAAAGACAGGAAAAUAUCAGAUUUGCGGGGAGACGAUAUACCCACGAUUAGCUCAACGUUGAAAGAGUUCUUGAGAUCGUUCAGAGAGCCACUUAUUACCUUUGAACUUCGAGAAUUUUUUAUUUAUGCAGCCAUGUUGGACGAAAACACCGAAGUCUCUGCUCUUGUUGGACCCGUUGUGAAACUUCCGCAGCCGAAUCGCGACACCCUCGCUUUACUUAUUCAACAUUUGCAGCGAGUUUCUAAUACGCCAGAAUGCAGAAUGACCGUGAGAGAUCUCGCGAAGGUUUUUGGACCCGUGCUGGUUGGUUAUGGCUCCGAAGGAUUUAAUUCAGCUUCGAUGUUCAAUGAAACGCCGAAACAAAUUGCCGUUUUCGAAGGUUUGAUGAAAAUUCCGUCGAACUAUUGGGCUGAGUUUGUUGAUUUAAAAAGCUUGAUGGGCCAGUCGCAAUCACCUGGAGUGACUCUCAGGCGCUCGGAGUCUGGCAAUUUUAAUCCGCGACGAUCAUCCAAUUGCAACAGUGGCUAUUCAUCAGCGUUUACCUUAUCCACUGAUUUGGAUGAUAUAUUUUAAAAAUGAAAAUGUUCACGCACUAUGUGUACAUACAGUCCACCAGAACUGUUAUCUUCAAAAAAUUUGAAAAUACAUUUUUUUCUCUGUGAA